UUAAGAGUGUCGUGACUUUGCUCAGAAAAAUCAUAAACAAAAUCCACUUUGCCAUGUUAAAUGUAUUCAGAUUGUACGGUUUCAAUAGGGUUCUAGUUCAGUACAUGUGAAAAAGAAAGAAAAUGAAUCAAAGCAGUGAACAGAAAGUACACUUCUGGCACUCCUUCAUCCAGUCUCUGAAUCCAAACGAACUGAACCGGACAGUGAAGGUGAUCAGUGGAACUUAUUUACAAGGAUCCUUGUACAAUUUCUCCUUUUCUGCAGGAGAUAUUAUUACGAUCACAGACCUAAUUCCAACUGAACUCAAAGCAGUGAUUCUGGAAAAAGAUAAAUUGGGAAAGACAAUCUUGGAUGUGCCACUUUUCUAUAAAGGGGAAUUUCUGCUCAUUCCAGAUCCAGGUACCUAUGAGACUGUGGGCAAUCUUGUAAACUGUGUGAAGCUAGGGGCUAAGAGAGAAGAACAGCCACGAUUCCAAAACAAGGUGAAAAUUUCCUUGGCUGAUGGCAACGUUCUUAGGAAAGGUGAAGAAUUAGCAUUACUUGGAAUUGAAGAAGGAGUCCAUGGGAAGAUGCUGAAAUGUCAGCUCAUUCAGAGGAAAAAACAUCCAGUUGUACAUCUACCAAUGAAUUGCAGAGGGGUGUUCCAGGAAUGUCACGAUGACAAUUACUACACACUUGAUCAAAUACUCACAUGGAAGAUUGCGGUGGGCCGCAGCCGUAUUGUAAAGCCAGUGACAGGUGUCCCAGCACUCAAAGAACAUUUCUCCAUCUUUCCAAAAAAUUUCAGCGGCCAGUUACUCCUUCAACCCAGUUAUAGCGUCAAAGCGAUCCUCUCAGGUAGGAGACUGUGCACCAACAUUCUGUGCACAGUCUAAAUAUUCUGAUCAAUUUAAAACCUGAAAUGGGUCUUAUCAAUCACACAAAUAAAAAGAACUCCCAAUUUGCCAAAAGUCAUCAUUUUAGUCUGAUUGUACUUGAUUGUUUCUGCAAAUUAAGGCAUGUGGUGAGAGUGACUCUAGGUGAACAUAGAGCAUUUAUUUGCUGUCUUGCAUGUCUGCAAUGAAUUUUCUUCAAUACUAUGUAUGGUGUUGGUCAUCUUGAUUAAGGAAUGAUGCCAAUGCUUUGGAGGUAGUUCACACAAGAUUUGCAAGACUAAUACAGCAAAUGGGUGGGUUAACUUGUGAGGGCAGGUUGAACAGGUUAGGUUUAUAUCCAAUGGAAUUUAAAAGAGUAAACAAUGACUUGAUUGAUAUAUAUAUAAAGAUCCUGAGAGAUCUUAACAGGGUAGGUUUGGAAAGGAUGGUUCCUCUUACGGCAGAAGAUAGAACUUUGGGUCACUGUUUAAAAAUCAGUUUUCACUCUGUUAAAACAGAGAGUGAGGUGAAUUAACUUUUUCUGUGGGUUUUUGGAACUCUCCUCUUGAAGAGGGGGGUGGAAGCAGGGUCUGUGAGUAUUUUUAAGGCAGACAUUGUUAGAUUUUUCUCAAGCAAGUGGGUGAAAGGUUACCAGAUGUGGGUGGGAAUGUGGAUUUGAGGUUACAAUCAGAUCAGCCAUGAUCUUACUGAAUGGCAG